AUGGCUGACAUAAACGAAUACUCAAACCAAACAGCAAAACGCACGGUUUCAUUUUCAAAUCUUUCUCAACGAGAAGCAGAAAUAAUACUCGGAUUUAAACUACGCGAUUUUUAUGAUUCUCAAACACAAAUUGAACAAUUUAUUACAACGGCAGCACCAGAACAACUGAAGAAUAAGAUAUUUGGACGAUUAAUCGAUUGUAUUGGAUCAGAAGGAUUCCCAGUGGCAACAAUUUGUCCAAUGAAUCAAUCGGUCGUGAAAGCCAACAUCGGAAUUAUUUUACAGGCGAUGGUUGCUUACUCUCAACGAACAAUGAAUCAUGAUGAUUUAAUGUUAAAACGUGAGAUCGAAAUCAUUAGUAAGGACGAACAAUUUGGCGGAAACAUGGAAUUUGCCGUAACUCAAAUGAAUGAUAUUGAAGCCACUCGUUAUGUACUCGUUGUCGAAACAAUAGGUGAUUCACUUGGAAGGGGACUUACUCAAAUGUUAUUGACAUUAAAAUCUAUGUGGGAUGUAAAUAAUGAUCAAAAGAUGGUGCACGGAUUCUUAACAACAGCAAUCAAUUGGCAAUUAGUCACAUAUGAUGGUCAAACGUGGAAAUUAUCAGAACCAUCGACUCUUUUACUUGCCAAUAUGAGAAAACAAGAAGAUCGAUGGUUGAAAAACAAUACACAAAUAUUGGAUGCCAUUUAUAGUAUUUUGGCGUCAAUAUAA